ACUCAAACUGUCCUUUUCCCCGUCACCUUACGCCAAGGGUAGGGGGUGUGCAUAAACAGAAAUUAACUUAAGCUUAAAACUUUCUUUAUUGAAAGUACAUACUUACACUUUUUUUUUGUGUUUUGUAACUUUUUUUUUCACUCGCUUUGCAAGAGCGUUUGAAUUUAAAAAAAAAUUCAAGAUAUUAAUAGCAACUAUUCAAGAUGAUUGACACAGUUACAGGAACACAGGCCUUUGCAGUUCGAGUGAAGGGCCUGAUGGAUCUGGAGGGCCGAUGCCAACCAAAGCUCACUGGCUUGAGGCUCAUCGAGACUGCCCAGGACAAUGGCCUCAGGAUGACCACCGGACUGCGAGAGCUGGAGGUGAAGGACCUGCUCUACCUCUGCAGGUUCUUUGGCUUUAGCUCAGAGACGUUCUCGUUGGCAGUCAGCUUAUUAGAUCGUUUCCUCUCCAUAAUGAAGAUUCAACCAAAGCACCUGCCAUGUGUUGGCCUGUGCUGCAUCUACAUCGCUGUGAAGUCCUCAGAAGAUGAGAAGAACGUGCCUCUGGCCAGCGAUCUAAUCCGCAUUAGUCAGAACCGCUUUACGGUGUCUGACAUGAUAAGGAUGGAGAAGAUCAUCAUGGAAAAGCUCUACUGGAAGGUGAAGGCUCCCACGGCCCUGCACUUUCUCCGCCUGUGUCACAGCCACAUCCAGGAGCAGCUCGCUGCAGAGUGCAGGGAGAUACUGAGCAUUGAGAGACUGGAGGCGCAGCUCAAAGCCUGUCACUGCUCAUUCAUCUUCUCCAAAAUCAAGCCAUCUCUUCUUGCGUUUUCUCUGCUGUAUUAUGAGGCCCAGGAAGAGCAUGACCCUGAGCAUGUGGACCAAAUAUCAGAGGCCCUGAAAAAUCUGCAGAAGCUGCUGAAUGUGAGAGACGGAGACCUGUUGUGUGUAAGAGAGCUGGUCGGGAAGUGCCUGGCUGAAUAUGCCAACACCAGGUGCUCCAGACCAAACAGCCAGAGACUCCGCUGGACCAUCUCCGGAAGAACCGCACGCCAGCUGAAGCACAGCUACUACAAGAUCACUCAUCUUCCUACCAUCCCCGAGUCAGCCUGUUAAAAAGCAGGCGUGUGGAUGGAUGAUCCUACAUGCAGGGAGAAAUUCUUGCACUAUGGUCAUCCACUUAUUUUCCUUACAGAUCUUCGUGAUUGAUGAUGAAUUUCUUUAAGGAAAAACUUCUAAGAAACAUUUUUUUUUCUUUCCCAAUAACAAGGAAUACUGCUUUGUCAGAACAGCCAAUCCAACUUCCUUCCUGCUAAGUUAUACUCUCUAGUUGAGUUGCCUGCACAGGUGUACAGUAUGUUCUUGUUUGAAUCCAUACCUAUAUUUGUGGUAUGGGUUGCCGGUUUUAAGCUAAUAAAGUAUUGAACCACCUAGGUCCUCAGUCCACCAUGUGGAAGAGGAGGGAGAAGGAUUUUGUGAUCACCAAAAAUGGAACCAAGAAAUCGGGCCCAAAAUCCUUAACUCCCACCCUAGGUUGCUAAACUGUCCUGAAUGCACACUCCUACCCAAGGUGAUGACUUUUUUUUUUUGUUUUAACAUGGUGAGGGAAGCCUGGUUUUUACCAGCGAAGUGAAGCUGGUGGCGAUUCUGUCACCGGCGGCCAGCCGCGUUUGAGCUGAAGCUUCAUCGGCAGCAGCAAACUGAGCUGUUUUCAUUUAGUCUCAGUUAUGUGGGCGUCUCAAAGCCUCCACGAUCUUACUCGGUUGGUUUUAGUUGAAUAAAGUGGCAACUUCAGUGGAAAUGUAGGUUGGGUUUUGUCUUUACCAGUUUCCCAGUGUAGUACAAUUUAUUAGUGAGGAGAAAUAAAACGUGUUCUAGAGUUCAACACAAAGAAAUGCACCAUCUGAACUUAUGUUUGGGCACUUUUCAAUAAAAACAUAUUGAAAAGAGA